GUAUUUUUAUUCCUAACCAGCUUUGCAGAUGUCGGUUCGCGUUGUUGACGAAGGUCGAGCGCUCGAGACGUUGGCUCUGCUGCGCAACCCGCACACGGAUCUCAACUGGGCCUUCUUCGCCUCGGAGGAAAAGGACACAAUCACUCUGUCAGACUUUGGCGUCGGUGGUGUUGACCAGCUUGCUUGCAUUCUGCGCCCCAACGUUGGUGGAUACGCACUGACCCGCGUCAAGCAGGAUGGUGUUUGGAGGUACUGCUACAUUACAUGGAUGGGAGACGCCAUCCCUUCGAUGAAGAAGGCUGAAGUCGCCAAAAACAUGGCCGUCGUGUCCAAAUUCUUGGGCAACUUUGAUCUCGAAAUGCUCGUGUCCCACAUGCGCGAAAUGACCGAGGCAAACGUCACGGCCAAGGUGCGCGAGGCGUUGACUGGCGAGGCCGAGGAGCCUGCGUCCUCAGCACCCGCCACAGCGCCGCGACGAGCAACCGCCUUGUCGGACGAACCCAUGUACAUUGAUCACUCGGAGGUGUCGAAGAGCUUUAUCGAAGACAACCAGUACGAGUCGCUCGACGGCUACAAGCCGUACCAGUAUGGCGAGGGCAACGUCGAGGGUGGCGAUUUGGACAUUUACGGCUCGCAUGGAUACUCGGCGAGCGCCCAGGCCGAUCUGUACGCCGCACCGCAGGACUACCAGGCGGCGACGCCGCUCGAGAGCGGCGACAAUUACGGCUACGACGGCGCCGAACUGUACGAAGCGCCGCAGGUCAGCGACCCUGCCGCCGACGCUGCCGCUGCUGCCUACACGGAGCAGUACCGCCAAUACCUCGCGCUGCUGUCCGCCGUCUCCCCCGCGCAGCUCCAGGACAUUUACGGCACGGCCACUCAGGCGCAAGCUGGUCAGCCGAUCCAGUACCAGCAGCUGCUUUCGCUCAUGCAAACUGCCCAGCAACAGCAACAAAUGAGCAAGAUUGAGAAGACUGUCGAUCAAAACGCCGUUAUCGAGGCUGCUCGUCAGGUCAAGUCGAGUGUCAACGCCACCGGUCUCGGCAAGUUUGCCAGUGUCCGCGGAGCCCCUCGCAGCUCCACCAACGUCUCUGGCGAGGGUCAGCAGGUCCAGAUUCUCGACCAAGACAAGGCCACUGCCGCCGUCAAGUCUGUCCGCGAUGAGAAGAGUGCCACCAGCUGGGUUUUGCUUGGCUACGAGGGCAAGUCUGUCGCCCAACUUCGUCUGUUGGCCACCGGCAAUGCCAUUGAAGACAUUCGCAAGCACGUUUCUGCCGACAUUGUUGCCUACGCGCUUGCUCGCUUGAUCGAUCGCAGCGAGGCCAUCCAUGCCACUCGGUACGCGUUCGUGACCUGGAUGGGCGACAACGUCCCUGCGCCAAAGAAGGCCAAGGUCGCUGUCAACAAGUCGAGCAUCCUCGCAUUCUUGGGACACUACAACGUGGAUGUGUUGACCUCCGACUUGAAUGAGCUGUCGGAGAGUGUCCUGCUCGACAAGCAACGAAGCGCUGGCAAGGGUGGCUCUGGCUCGGGCCCAGUCCCUCGUGUGGCCAACAUUUUCUCAAAGCCCUCCGAAACACCAACCGCCAAGCCUCCGUCGUCGCCGGCCCCAGUCGCUCCUACUACUCCCACGACGCCGACCGCACCCACUUCCACCGCCGCCUCCUCAUCAUCUGCACCCUCGCCGGCAGCUAUUGCCGCCGCAAAGGCAGCUGCGCCAAAGACCCUCAGCGGCGAAGGCAAGAAGGUCAGUGUUAUCGAUAUGGCGGCCGCAAGCAGCGUCGUUCAGCAAAUCCGCUCAGACACGUCGACUCUCAACUGGGUCCUCUUUGGCUACGAGGGCAAGAGCGUCGAUACCAUUUGCAUGCUCGGCUCGGGCUCUGGCGGUGUGGAGGAGCUUGCCAAGCUCGUCAACCAGGAUAUGGUUGGUUAUGGUCUUGUCAAGAUUCGCGAGGACGCCAAGGGUGGCCUCGCCGCACCGCGCUUUGCCCAAAUCACCUGGAUGGGCGACAACCUGCCCGGUGCCCGCAAAGCCAAGGUGGCCGUCAACAAGAGCAGCGUGUCUAAAUUCUUGGGUCACUACAACCUCGACAUGCUCGUGUCGGACAAGGCCGAACUGACCACUGCCAACUUUAGCAGCAAGUUUUCGCAAGCGACUGCUCCUUCUGGAAACACUUCUGCCAAGCCCUCUGCGGUCGCCGCAGGUGCCUCGCCUCUCAACGCGCAACAACCUGCCAAACGCCCCAACAGCGUUGUCGGCGGUGGUAGUGGCGGCUUUACUCCAAAGGCAUUCACAGCGCCAAAGCAAGUUGUCACAACGAUCAACCACGUCAAUUUCGUGGAUGUCGACAAUCUCAAGGCCGAGAUCGCCGAAGUCCGCAACGACAGCAAGCCCAAGAACUGGACACUGCUGCGCCUGGACGAGCGUAACAGCCAGAUUAUCUUGCUUGGCUCUGGUGAAGGUGGUCUCAAGCAGAUGCGUGCCAACCUGAAGGACGACAUGGCAGCCUUCGGUCUGCUCCGUCAGAACGUGACCAUCAAGGGCGUCAACACUGUGCGAUUCGCUUUUAUCAACCUGAUUGGCGAGAAAUUGCCAAUGCUCAUUCGCGGCAAGAUCUCAUCGUACCACGGUGCAGUGGUGACACUCAUGGAUCCCUACCACGUAGACCUGACUGUGCGCAACGUUGCCGAAUUGACCGACGAGCUCGUUCUCGAGAAAUUGAACAAGUAAAUCAAAGCACCCUUUUGCUUUACCCCGCCCUACAAGUGCUAUCUACCCUUCCCCCGCCCCUCCCCUUUUUGCAAUUCCCACCUUGACUUGCAACAACAUGACUAGCUACCAUCCAUUUGUAUUCCUUUCUGUGCUUUACUGUUCUCGCAUGUUUUGUUUGUGCCCCCCUCCUUGUUUUCAAUGUUGUUGGCCGAUUGCACUCGUGCUGGUCGAAGGGACUUGUUUUGUGUAUUGUAAUGGUUGACAUGCUUUUCGUCUAUUUGUAAUACACAAUUUCCC